AUGGCCCCUUGGAGUGGAGGGUGGACUAUAUGGAGUGAUGGUGGAGUUGCAAGCUGCAGUGGCUUAUGGUUUGAUUUAUUUUUCAAACCUAAGGAGGCAUGGCCUGUGAGAGGGAGUGAAGGUACAAGGGAGAGUGAUGAGAAUAUGGCAAGCCCUUCCAAAGCUGCUUCCCCUGGUAAUAAAGCAUCCUCUGAGGAAUCUCCUUUGAAGACUGCUAGCAAUGCUCUUGUUGUGGAAAGCCAUAAUUCAAGUCCAGACAAUAUUCCACCCAAGGAUGAUGCUGGCACUGCUACUUCCGGUUUUAAAGACCCUGGCCUCACCAUUGAUGUUGACAAACUUUACAGUACCUCUCAAAAUCAAACUCAUGUUCUUUCGCCAGUCUUUGAAGACGUUAGGCCAAUUGCUACCAUAUUGCCUAAUGAACCAGUCGAAGAAAGUCACUCUACUGACGAAUCCCCACCUACUCAUCAAGGCAAAAAUUUGGAAGAGGAUCAUCCAUUCUCAGGCAGCGACAAUGUGAACCAGCAAUCACAUGACAACGAAGAUUCUGCGUCGGAGAAAGAUGCUAUGGAAGAGAUUUCUCAACCUGAAAAACCAGUUUCUCAAGGAACUUCGACUCUUGACGCAAAAACCAUUCCUGAGACGACUUCGACGCCUGCCCCUGCAAAGCUUACUCCUUCAGAGCUUGAACAACUUAAGCAAACUGAUCCUCUUGGUUUCUUAAAGGCCAUUAUGAAUGCGAAUACUCCUUCGCCUCAAGAGCUUAAUGUCUCACCAGCUGUAACUACAGAUUCUAGUGACAAGGAAGAUAUUCCAAGUCUUCUUCGACAAAUAAAAGAAAGAUUCUUUGGGGUCAAUCUUGUAGAUGUCCUCAACCGGGAACCUAUUAAGAGUCACAACUUAAAUCAACUUCUAAAGAAGGUAGAUUUGCUUCAAGUUUCCACAGAAGUUUCAGAGGUAAUUGUUCUGUUGGGCUCUCUACUCGAGCAACUCCAGGCUAACAUCCUUCGAAAGCAAAAUGUCGAAAAGGAAUUAUCUGAGACAGUGGCCCUCUCAUGA